AUGUCAUUUCUAAAUGGUACCAGCCUAACUCCAGCUUCAUUCAUCCUAAAUGGCAUCCCUGGUUUGGAAGAUGUGCAUUUGUGGAUCUCCUUCCCACUGUGUACCAUGUACAGCAUUGCUAUUACAGGGAACUUCAGCCUUAUGUACCUCAUCUACUCUGAUGAGGCCUUACACAGACCUAUGUAUGUCUUCCUAGCCCUUCUUUCCUUCACAGAUGUGCUCAUGUGCACCAGCACCCUUCCCAACACUCUCUUCAUAUUGUGGUUUAAUCUCAAGGAGAUUGAUUUUACAGCCUGCCUCGCCCAGAUGUUCUUUGUGCACACCUUCACAGGGAUGGAGUCUGGGGUGCUCAUGCUUACGGCCCUGGACUACUAUGUGGCCAUCUGCUUCCUUCUGCGUUAUGCCACCAUCCUCACUAAUUCAGUCAUUGCUAAAGCUGGGUUCCUCACUUUUCUUAAGGGUGUGAUGCUUGUUAUCCCUUUCACUUCCCUCACCAAGCGCCUUCCGUACUGCAAGGGCAACGUCAUACUCCACACCUACUGUGACCACAUGUCUGUGGCCAAGAUAUCUUGUGGUAAUGUCAGGGUUAACGCCAUCUAUGCUUUGAUGUUUGCCCUGCUGAUUGGGGGCUUUGAUAUCCUGUGCAUUACAAUCUCCUACACUAUGAUUCUUCGAGCAGUUGUGAGUCUAUCAUCAGCAGAUGCUCGACAGAAGGCCUUCAGCAACUGCACUGCCCACAUCUGUGCCAUAGUCAUCACCUAUGUUCCAGCCUUCUUUACCUUCUUUACACACCGUUUUGGCGAACACACCAUUCCUCCCCACAUACAUAUUAUUAUGGCUAACCUCUACCUAUUAAUGCCUCCCACAAUGAAUCCUAUUGUGUAUGGGAUGAAAACCAGGCAGAUAUGA